AUGCGUGAAGUUAUCAGCUUGAACGUUGGCCAAGCCGGUUGCCAGAUCGCCAACAGCUGCUGGGAGCUGUACUGCCUUGAGCACGGCAUCCAGCCCGAUGGCUACCUGACUGAAGAGCGCAAGGCCAACAAUGACGAUCAAGGCUUCUCCACUUUCUUCUCCGAGACUGGCAACGGCAAGUACGUCCCACGCACCAUCUACGCCGAUCUCGAGCCCAAUGUCGUCGACGAGGUCCGCACCGGUCCCUACCGCAGUCUGUUCCACCCGGAGCACAUGAUCACAGGCAAGGAGGAUGCUUCGAACAAUUACGCUCGUGGGCACUACACCGUGGGCAAGGAGUUGAUCGACGAGGUCUUGGACAAGGUCAGGCGCGUGGCGGACAAUUGCUCUGGUCUUCAGGGUUUCCUCGUCUUCCACUCCUUCGGCGGUGGCACCGGCUCCGGUUUCGGUGCCCUGCUCAUGGAGCGCUUGUCAGUCGACUACGGCAAGAAGUGCAAGCUUGAGUUCUGCGUCUACCCGGCCCCACAGGUCGCUACUUCGGUCGUCGAGCCGUACAACUCCAUCCUCACGACACACACUACACUUGAGCACUCGGACUGCUCGUUCAUGGUCGACAAUGAGGCCAUCUACGACAUCUGCCGUCGCAACCUUGGCAUCGAGCGCCCCAACUACGAGAACUUGAACCGCCUGAUCGCACAGGUCGUCUCCUCCAUCACCGCCUCUCUCCGCUUCGACGGCUCCUUGAACGUCGACCUCAACGAGUUCCAGACCAACCUCGUUCCAUACCCUCGCAUCCACUUCCCGCUUGUCGCCUACGCACCAAUCAUCUCUGCCGCUCGCGCCGCCCACGAGGCCAACAGCGUUCAGGAGAUCUCUAUGUCCUGCUUCGAGCCAAACAACCAGAUGGUGAAGUGUGACCCGCGCAACGGCAAGUACAUGGCCACUUGCCUCCUCUACCGCGGUGAUGUCGUGCCCAAGGACACUCACCAGGCCGUCGCCACUCUCAAGACUAAGCGGACCAUCCAGUUCGUCGACUGGUGCCCCACUGGCUUUAAGCUCGGCAUCUGCUACCAACCUCCUCAGGUCGUCCCCAACGGUGACUUGGCCAAGGUCAACCGCGCCGUCUGCAUGUUGUCCAACACCACCGCCAUCGCGGAGGCCUGGUCCGCUCUCUCACACAAGUUCGACCUCAUGUACAGCAAGCGUGCUUUCGUUCACUGGUAUGUCGGUGAGGGUAUGGAGGAGGGUGAAUUCAGCGAGGCCCGUGAGGACUUGGCUGCGCUCGAGCGCGACUACGAGGAAGUUGCCGCUGAUUCUGCUGAGGGUGAUGAGGGUGGUGAGGCCGAGUACUAG